AUGGCUGAGGGUAGUCGGUUACGGGGCUUUUGCACCCUUCUGCGGAACCUUCUCCUCGCCGCCCUGCUGUACACUUGCAUCCUCAGUAUAAUCAACCUCGCCAAGAACCCCUCCUCGCGCCCGACUGGCAAGCUCGGCAUCCCGGCCUUCCUCGGAAAGUCGGGCCCUGUCGACUUCAUCAAGCCGACCAAGUCUGGCGUCCAGGUCAAGUUUGCCGGCUCGCCCUCCAGCAUCACCAUCAACCCGCACGCCAACGUCUUCAAUCGCCCCGACAGCGCCGUCGCCCCCAAGGAUGACUUCCUUGGGCCCAGACCCCACGUGGAUACCGAGGCCGACCUGAAGCUGCUGGUGGAAGAGUGCAGGGGAUCAUACCUGGGAAUUGAGAAGAUGCGGAAUGUUUUCGACUGCUUGCAGUUCUUCGCCAACGAGGAGCACCGCUACUACCAGCUUCCCGCAGACGGGAAACGCGCGAGUCAGCAGAACCCCCAGAAGGCUGAGUACAACGACGCGGAUGGAUACGGGAACACUUUGAGCAGCUACACGCCCAUUUCUAACGCUACCAAACCAUCCAAGGAUUCCAUUGGAACAUGUCCUGGCCCCAUUGUGCCCUACCACACUUAUUGGACUGGACCCGCCACCUGGAGAGUCGAGGUUUUCAUCAAGAGCUACUUGUACACCCAGAACCUGGCCUGCUCGCGCCUCUACAUCUGGCUGGACUCGGACAGGAACCCGAAUGCCGUUGACGAUAUGCUCCAGCGCGAUCCUCUCUUCGCUCGUUUUCUCCCCCUUGUGGAGCGCGGCGAUAUCAAGGUUGUUGGCUGGAAAUUCCCUUCCCGCAUCCCGCUCCCGAGCAACGUCGACCACACCGAUGGCAUCGGAUACUCACGCGGCAAGCCGAAUGCGAAGGGCGAGGUCACUAUCGCGGAGGGUGUGAUUGAGGAUAGGACCGGGCAGCAGUGGCUGGCUUUGACCGCAAAGCAGAUGACUUUCCUGCCUGUUGCCGUAUCCGACGCCGUCCGCUUCGUCAUCCUGCACAUUUACGGUGGCGCGUAUUUCGACAUGGACGUUCUCAUGCUCAGAGACAUGCGCCCCCUGUUUCUGCCGCAGAACCAUUCCUUCGCCGAGCGCUGGGCAGCCCACCCGCACCCCGGUGACUACAACACGGCUAUCAUGUCCCUCACGGCAAACUCGUCGCUUUCGUCUUACCUGCUUCGCGGUGGUGUGCGUAUGGGAGUCAAUUUCCACCCCCGCGUCAUUGGACGCAUGGCGUGGAAGGAUGGACGUGACCAAGAAUUCCUCAUGCUCGAGACGGCCGCUUUCGACCCUAUCUGGACAGAGUUCAACUGGGACCGCGAGGGAAGGUGCACUGUGCCGUGCUUCACCGACUACAGCCAGGCUUUCAAGGGUAAAGCUGGCGUAGUCAAAGAUGAAUGGCAAAGUUACGAUGGAUCGCAGCUUGGGCUCGUUGAUCUGUCUCAACAAAAGCCCAGGACCAGGGUUGAAACUCAGAGCGUUGUUGAGGGCCGUACCCCGGGCGCGGAUGAUGUCAGAGAGGAAACGGAGGUUCCGAGCUCAUCCGCCGCUCAGCAAAAACCCGGUUCCACUUCUUCUGAUUCUUUCUCCACUACCAGUGCUGAGGAGAAGCAGCUGAGGGAGAAAGGUGUGGUUGCUGAAUACAUAUUCGAGGAGGACAAAUUCCCGCCGAACAACCGCACGCUGGAGAACUUUUUCAAGGGCGCUUGGACGUACCAUAUCCACAACCAGUGGCUUAAGCACCCCGAGCCGUCUUCCUGGAUCAACAUCAUGGAGAUCGCGCACGACGGCUUCUUUGCCGGUAUGCGCACGAACCCCUACGGGGAAUCCUGGGAUGGACCGGACCUCAUGCCUUACAACUACUGGCCAGAGUUUGUGUGA